CCCCAUCACCAAGGGACACAUCCAUAUGUUCGAGAAAGCUCGAGAGUAUCUGCACAAAUCCGGACGCUUCAUCGUGAUUGGAGGAAUCAUCUCGCCGGUGCACGACUCCUACGGGAAGCCGGGUUUAGUGCCCAGCAGACAUCGUCUCACCAUGUGUCAGCUGGCCGUGCAGUCCUCUGAUUGGAUCAGGGUGGACCCCUGGGAGUGUUACCAGGACACCUGGCAGACCACCUGCAGCGUGCUGGAGCAUCACCGAGACCUCAUGAAGAGAGUCACCGGUUGCAUCCUGUCCAACGUCAACACGCCGUCCUCAACUCCUGUGAUUGGUCAGCCUCAGAACCAGACUCCGCCCCCUAUCUACCAGAACCAGAACAACAUGAACCACAAGCCCACAGCCAUCAAACUGUGGGGGAAGGUGAGUGAGAACCUGGGGAAGAUCUGCUGCGUUCGCCCUCACAUCGACCGCUUCACCUUCAUCGAUGAAAACGCUAACCUGGGGACGGCGAUGAGAUACGAGGAGAUCGAGUUACGCAUCUUGCUCCUGUGUGGCAGUGAUCUCCUGGAUUCCUUCUGCAUCCCUGGCCUGUGGAAGGACAGUGAUAUGGAGGUGAUCGUGGGUGAUUUUGGGAUCGUGGUGGUUCCUCGUGACGGAGCGGACACAGAGAAGAUCAUGAAUCACUCCUCCAUCCUGCGCAAGUUCAAGGACAACAUCACGGUGGUGAAAGAUGAAAUCAGCCACCCGAUGUCCAUCGUCAGCUCCACCAAGAGCAGACUGGCCCUUCAGCACGGAGACGGCCAUGUUGUGGAUUACCUGAAUCAGCCCGUCAUCGACUACAUCCUGAAGAGCCAGCUCUACAUCAACACCUCCGGAUAAACAGAGUCCAAAACCACCUCCAUCAGAGUCCAAACCACCUCCAUCAGAGUCCAAACCAGCUCCAUCAGAGUCCAAAACCACCUCCAUCAGAGUCCAAAACCACCUCCAUCAGAGUCCAAAACCAGCUCCAUCAGAGUCCAAAAUCUCCUCCAUCAGAGUCCAAAACCACCUCCAUCAGAGUCCAAAACCUCCUCCAUCAGAGUCCAAAACCACCUCCAUCAGAGUCCAAAACCACCUCCAUCAGAGUCCAAAACCACCUCCAUCAGAGUCCAAAACCAGCUCCAUCAGAGUCCAAAAUCUCCUCCAUCAGAGUCCAAAACCACCUCUAUCAGAGUCCAAAACCUCCUCCAUCAGAGUCCAAAACCAGCUCCAUCAGAGUCCAAAAUCUCCUCCAUCAGAGUCCAAAACCACCUCCAUCAGAGUCCAAAACCACCUCCAUCAGAGUCCAAAACCACCUCUAUCAGAGUCCAAAACCACCUCUAUCAGAGUCCAAAACCACCUCUAUCAGAGUCCAAAACCACCUCUAUCAGAGUCCAAAACCACCUCUAUCAGAGUCCAAAACCACCUCUAUCAGAGUCCAAAACCACCUCUAUCAGAGUCCAAAACCACCUCUAUCAGAGUCCAAAACCACCUCCAUCAGAGUCCAAAACCUCCUCCAUCAGAGUCCAAAACCUCCUCCAUCAGAGUCCAAAACCUCCAUCAGAGUCCAAAACCUCCUCCAUCAGAGUCCAAAACCUCCUCCAUCAGAGUCCAAAACCUCCUCCAUCAGAGUCCAAAACCUCCAUCAGAGUCCAAAACCUCUCUGUGUGUUGUCUGUAUUAAAGUCCGGGGGCAUGCUCGUUGGAGAUGGGAAAACUCGUACGUCGAUUUGUGAGAAAACCCGACUUUUCAAAUGGAUUCCAUCCUUUUCUCUGUGAAUAAACAAGGGCUUAACUCCAAAAUAAAUAAAACUUGUUUGUCUAAAUCCGGCUUUACUCGAGAUGAUUGGAGUUCACUUGGACCGAAGUAAAACGUUUAAAUAAUACAAAAAAGCAGAAGUAAAAUAUUAUUUUUGACCGGUCUGCAGAGCGUUAUCUCGUUAUAUAAAUAACUUCUAAAAUAUAUCUCGCCUUUGUGUGCGAAGUGUACACGUCGUGUUGUGGACAGAACAUACGGAGAGGCAUUCAAAACUAAAAAGAAAACACUGAUUUCAAAAUGUUCCAUAACGACAAAAUACUUUGGUGAAUAAAACUGUAAAAAUGUAUAUAAUUGGAGCAAAAAAU